UAUUUAUAACAGUUGACACUGGUUGACUUCCGCCGGACUCGCAGUUUUCUCGUAACUUCACUCGUAAUUUUCUUAAAUAAAUCUGCUUACUGUUACGUAGAAAAAUCCGAGAGAGGCCGUGAAGACAUUGGGGUUUUCCGUACCACUGCUGUAAUAUUCUGAACAUUAUGGCGACAAUGAAUGAUAGAACUGAGCUGCUCCUGAUCUUUCUAUUUGGAUGUAUAUCGUGGGCUCCGUAUACCUCGGCACAGCGCUAUAGUUCGUAUCCCGAUUUGGAGGAAACCUGCAACCAGAGUUUGGAGAUGGAAUGUCCAAAUAACAGCAACGGCAGAGCCGGCACAUUCCGGUAUUACGACAUAGGCGCGCUGUCCCGUGGACUCUGCUCCUUCACCGUUACUCUGGACUCCGACUGCGGCGGAUGGUCAGAUAAUUUCGCGUUUUAUUUCAACAUAAGGGAAAUCACGCUUCCUCGUGGCGAUUAUCUGAAAAUCUAUGAAAACCGAAAUGGAUCGCGCAGCCUACUCCAGAGACUGACCGGCGACCUGACACAGUCGUAUUAUCCGUCCUCCGUCGCUCAAGCACUGACAUCGUACAGUAAGCAGCCAUCCUUCACUCUGGAAUACUUCCGCAGUGCAUCCCGUUCCAGCGACUUAGACCAGACGUUUAUCGAUUUUGUCAUCACUGAAGAUUCGCCCCACUAUCGCAGCAAUUCUUGGUGCGAGGCGCUACAGGGCUACGUCAGUAAUGACUUCAUCUGUGAUAAGGGCGGGUUAGACGACCGUGUCAACUGUCCGUCAAACUUCGAGGCUAGCGUGAAUGGAGGCAAUCCGGCCAAUUGGCGGCAGUGCGAUAUCCGAACACCUGCUCCAUCCCCACCGGUACCAACUGUCCCCUCCAGGGACAGCAACGGACUAAGUCCCGGCGCCAGUACAGGGAUCAUUGUCGGAAUCUUUCUUCCCAUAUGCUUCAUUAUCGCUCUCUGUAUUGCUGUGAGUUACUCAGCCAGGCGGCGGGCCUUGUUGAACCAACCCACCGGGCAAACCCCAACGGGAAGCGCUACCACUCGACCAUUGGGUGUGGGCAGACGGGAAGCUCCGGCUCCUGAUCUGCCCUUCAUGGGAGCGCCGCCGUCUUAUGCGGAAGUCACCGCUACAUCGCCGCACGUUACCCUGACGAUGCCGGCACCUAUAUCGCCGCCGCCCAAAUACUCAGGCCAUCUGUUCAUAUGACCUGCCCAGCUGAUUAGUCUGUGAUACUCCCUCAGAACACUCUGGCGGUUCGUCGAAAUCGAAUUAGCGUAAUUUAUUAAACAUGCUGCAGCCUGAAUGAAAUGUCCCAGUGCAGAUUGUAUCCGCAGCAGAUUUUCAAUGGACAGAGUGUUUGAUAGGAGAAAGAGUGGACAGAAGUACUGAGAGACUGCAGUUGAACCAAAAUACAUUUUUCUUUUUCCCGGCUGAUUUGGAAGAUGUACAGUAGUUGAAGUUCAGUAAUCUCUAAGCUAUUUGAUUGAAUUUUAGAGCUAGAAAAACGUUGACAUCAUGUGUCGACAAAUUGUCGACGACAAUUGUUAUUAUGGAGAGUGAAGUGCUUCGAUGAUUCGAUCUUCGGUGGGGCUUACUAAAAAACAUAACCCUCACAAAUGUAGCUGAGUCCAUUGAAUUCGUUGUCUGUUGCAGUCGGAGAAUAGCAACUAAAUGGCUGGUAUGCAUACGAACCGCAUUG